UACCACUGAAAAUCAGUCUUUUUGUCUCUUGGUUGCUGUCUGCCCGCCCAAGUCCGAUGUGUUCCGCUAUCAGCGAGCAGCAGCCGGACUGUGCGGCCCCUGUCUGGGUGGGGAGCGGAGACCACUACCCCAGAGCCGCGCUGGGCCAGGUUCUUUAGGAAGAGAAAGAGCGAGGCAGAGGAGGGAGUGAGCCAGCAAGCGAGCAAGCAGCCAGAGCCAGGGAGCACGAGCGCUCAGCACACCCGCGUGCAAGGCCAGCACCGGGGGACCCAGCUCUGGGGGGCAGCAAUGCUGCUGCCAGCGGCGAGAUGUUUGCUCCUACUGCUCAGCUACUCCAUGCUGGCGCGCCCUGGGCUGGCCUGCGGACCUGGCAGGGGCUUCGGGAAAAGGCGGCACCCCAAAAAGCUGACCCCUCUAGCCUACAAGCAGUUCAUUCCCAACGUGGCGGAGAAGACCUUAGGAGCUAGCGGGAGGUAUGAAGGGAAGAUCUCCAGAAACUCGGAGCGAUUCAAGGAACUCACCCCCAAUUACAACCCUGACAUCAUAUUCAAGGAUGAGGAAAACACGGGAGCAGACCGCCUGAUGACUCAGAGAUGCAAGGACAAGCUGAACGCGCUGGCCAUCUCCGUGAUGAACCAGUGGCCGGGCGUGAAGCUGCGAGUGACCGAGGGCUGGGACGAGGACGGCCACCACUCGGAGGAGUCGCUGCACUACGAGGGCCGCGCUGUGGACAUCACCACGUCGGACCGUGAUCGGGGCAAGUACGGCAUGCUGGCGCGCCUGGCGGUGGAGGCCGGCUUCGACUGGGUGUACUACGAGUCCAAGGCGCACGUCCACUGCUCCGUGAAAGCAGAGAACUCGGUGGCGGCCAAGUCCGGCGGCUGCUUCCCCGGCUGGGCCACGGUGCGCCUGGAGCAGGGCGGCACGAAGCGCGUGCGGGACCUGCGGCCCGGCGACCGCGUGCUGGCGGCCGACGAGCAGGGCCGGCUGCUCUACAGCGACUUCCUGGCCUUCCUGGACCGCGACGACGGCGCCACGAAGCUCUUCUACGAGAUCGAGACGCGCGAGCCGCGGGCGCGCCUGCUGCUCACGGCCGCGCACCUGCUCUUCGUCGCGCCGCCCAACGGCACGGCGCGGACCCCGGCGGGCGCCGCCUUCGCCAGCAGCGUGCGGCCCGGCCAGCGCGUCUUCGUGGCGGCCGAGCGCGCCGGGGCCCCGAGGCUGCUGCCGGCCACCGUGCACCGCGUGGGGCUGCGCGAGGAGGCGGCGGGCGCCUACGCGCCGCUCACGGCGCAGGGCACGAUCCUCAUCGACCGGGUGCUGGCGUCCUGCUACGCGGUCAUCGCCGAGCACGGCUGGGCGCACCGCGCCUUCGCGCCCUUCCGCCUGGGCCACGCGCUCCUGGGGACGCUGGCGCCCGCGCGGCCCGAGCUCCGCGGCGGGGCCGGCGGGGCCGAGGCCGAGGCCGAGGCGCGGGCUCCCGGCGCCGCCGGCGUGCACUGGUACUCGCGGCUGCUCUACCGGCUGGGCACCUGGCUCUUGGACAGCGACGCGCUGCACCCCCUGGGCAUGGCCGCGGCCGCCGCCAGCUGAAG